CAAAAUAGUCCUAUAUUAGGGAACUAUAGAAGUGAUCAGUUGCUUGAUUGGGAACCAAAGGGUAAACCAAACCCAAGCCAAUGGCCGGGAGAGUUAGGCCAAAAGUGUAUUGUACCCGAAGAUACAGAGACUUAUAAUAAAUUCUUCAAAUAUCAUGAGUUUAAUGUAUUGGCGAGCGAUAGGAUUGCUUUAAACCGGACAUUAAGGGACUCUCGAAGCGAUAGUUGUCAAUCAAAGCAAUAUCCAAAUCAAUUGCCAGACGCCAGUGUUAUCAUUGUUUUCCACAACGAGGCCUACUCUACACUCCUUCGCACUCUUCAUAUUUACUUAAAACAACAUCUCAAACAUUAUGUACGAGAGCUGUCUGUGCCCAUCAAAAUCAUACGUCUGGGCCGCAGAUCUGGUCUAAUUCAAGCGCGAAUAUUGGGAUCGAGUCAUGCCGUCGGACGAGUGCUUAUAUUCUUGGAUUCUCACUGCGAGUGCAAUGAGGGAUGGCUCGAGCCUUUGCUCGACCGCAUAGCUGGCGAUCGAACUCGUGUCGUUUGCCCCAUAAUUGAUGUCAUCGAUGAGCAUAGCUUUCGUUAUGUAACGGCCAGUGAUAUGACUUAUGGAGGAUUUAAUUGGAAAUUUGGGUUUCGUUGGUAUACCGCACCCGACAGUGAGCUAAUUAGGAGAAAUAAUGAUCGCACUUUACCACUUAGAACGCCUGCACUUUCGGGUGGACUUUAUGCGAUUGAUCGGCAAUUCUUUGAAUAUAUUGGCAAAUAUGACUCAAAAAUGGUCAUUUGGGGCGCAGAGAACAUUGAGAUCAGUCUUCGGAUCUGGAUGUGCGGCGGGAGUAUUGAGAUCGUCACCUGUUCUCGAGUGGGACACGUGUUUCGGAACAAAACUCCAUAUACUCUUCCGGGAGGGAGUAAUUACAUAGUUUGGCACAACACGGCCCGACUCGCACACGUCUGGUUAGACGAUUGGACACAUUUCUUCUUUACUUUGUAUCCGAGCGCUCGUCAGAUAGACGUCGGAAUUUGGCACAACACGGCCCGACUCGCACACGUCUGGUUAGACGAUUGGACACAUUUCUUCUUUACUUUGUAUCCGAGCGCUCGUCAGAUAGACGUCGGAAGUAUUGCAGAAAGAGUUGCGUUAAGAAAGCAAAGGAAAUGUCAUUCAUUUCAGUGGUAUUUGGAUAAUGUCUAUCCCGAGUCUCUGUUACCCAAAGAUUAUUACUUCUUGGGAGACAUAAGAAAUAUGAAGAAUGAAGACAUUUGUUUGGAUUCAGUACAAUCAGAAGAAGCGACAAUUACGUGGGAUCUAAUCAUCAGUGGCAGGAAUUCAAAAUAUGAGAAGAAAUUCAAUAUUGCCGUGACUUCCAAACGACUGCAUACAACUAAACGCUUUUUCAAAAGAAAAUACAAAAGCUGCAAUAGUGAUAACGACCUGUUGUCAAACUAUGCCAUUUUUCUCCAAAGUCUCCUUUUGAUAGUUAGCAACUUCUUCUUACUUCCAGCCGUCUAUUUAGCCCUCAAAUGUAAAUAUUUAGGCGAAGCCUUCAUCUACUUCUUGACAAUGUUCUGCUCAAGUUUUUACCACAUGUGCGAUAACGAAAAGAUGAAGUAUUGUAUUUUCAAUUACGAAGUUUUGCAGUUUUGUGACUUUUAUUCUGCAAUAUUAACCCUAUGGGUGACGGCUAUUCUCAUGUCUGAUAUGCCUUACGAAUGGCGAUCUGUCCUACAUUUAACCGGAUCUUUAUUUUUUGCGGGACUUUUAAGAUCUAAGACAACAGGUGUUUGGAGUUUUGUUGUGCCGGCUGUUUGUUCUCUCAUAUUGUUGGCAAUGAGUUGGGUAUGAAAUCAUU